AACUUUACUCAAAUCAAAUUCCAUUGUUCUCUUCUUUAAAAUUUAAAAGAAAAAAAAAAAAGAAAAAGGUAGCAAACACAAAAAGCGCGUGAAAAUCAGCACCAAUGAAAUCAUGAUCCUAACCAAGAGACCUGACAUUUGCAGAUUCAACACAAUCAUCGUGAUCGUCUGUAAUUCCUCUUUUUCUCUUCCUCUCUCUUGUUUCCUCCCGGCGGAUGCAACACUGUGAUUGAUGAUCUGUUUGGUUGCAGAGAAAGCGCAGGAAAAUAAAGAGAGGAAAAAGAAAAGAAAAGAAACAAUUUCUUGUUUCAGAAGAUAUAAGAAAGAAAGUUUUUUGCAUUGUCUGCUACUUGAUUAAUUGCUGCCUCACUUGUUUAUCACUCAACUUUCCUUCCUUUUGAUUUCAAGCUGAAAUCGGAAGGCGCUGAUAAAAUUACCGGGACGUUUCCGGUUCCGGAGAUUGGAGAUUUUUGUGGAGGAUUUGGAGACGAGAUGGGAAAAAGUAAUUUUGGUAGAGAAUGGACUCAGAUCUACGCGAUAUACGGCAUGGACCAGUGGCAGACGCUGGUGUUUCUCUUGUGCCAUGCCGUACUGUUCUCGGUGCUGUCCGUGCUGUUUCUGUUAUACUUCGAUGUGAUAUUCUAUUUCUUUCAAACUUUCCUUUCUAGUCCUGGCGCGGCUCGCUUUGCCGCCGGCUUCAGCGGUGCGUUCACGGCUAUCUCGGCCGUUUGCCUUUUCUUCUCCGCGGCUAAUUUCUUUUACUCCGCCGGACCGCUGCACUACGACAUGGCGCAGCGGAUGGUAGGCUCCGUAAACGACUGGUCAACUGUGAAAUUGGCGCUUGACAUCGGGUGCGGGAGGGGGAUACUGCUGAAUGCGGUGGCGAGGCAGCUGAAGAAGACUGGCAGCUCAGGCCGGGUCGUCGGCUUGGACCGGUUAAAACGAACCACUCUCUCAACUCUCCGAACCGCCAAAAUUGAAGGCGUCGGAGAGUAUGUCACGUGCCGGGAAGGCGACGCGAGGAGUCUUCCAUUUGUGGAUAACUAUUUUGAUGCGGUGGUAUCGGCUGUGUUCGUCCACACCGUAGGAAAAGAAUACGGCCAUCGGACGGUGGAGGCGGCGGCGGAGAGAAUGAGGGUACUGGGGGAGAUGGUGAGGGUGUUGAAGCCCGGUGGGGUCGGAGUGGUCUGGGACCUUCUACACGUGCCGGAGUACGUGCGAAGAUUGCAGGAAUUAAAGAUGGAGGACAUCCGGGUUUCAGAGCGCGUGACUGCCUUCAUGGUUGGCAGCCACAUCGUGUCGUUUAGGAAGCCAAGUCAGCAUGUCAUGGGACCCAGUGAAGUCCGACUGGACUGGAGAUUCUGACGUGGAAAUUACAGGUUAAAUUAUAUUUCAAGGAAAAAGAAUAAAAUUACACAUAAAAAGGUUAUAAUUAAUUACUAGUAAAUUACUUUUUUUUUUUUGAAAUAAAAAAGGUCUGGGGAGACGAAGUCGAGCCAGACCCAGAUCACUGGAUGCUUUGCUGAAGAGAGAUACUGAAUGGUCAUCGAUUUUAUAUUGAUGAAUUUUUUUUCUCUUAAUUAGAGUUUGUAAAUCAGGGAGAAAUCCUGCUAGCUAUUGUAUUGAUGUUAAUGUGUACAUGAAGAUGAAGUAUAUAGCACAAUGAGAAAUGAAUUAAAGUGCUUUUC